UCUAACUUCUCUGUGUUUACUCAGGAGUAUGGACUGUAUGAAGUCAGGCUGUAGUUCAUGUGACUGUCACAUGACAGAGCGUGACGCCGUGUUGUAGUCAGUCAGCUGUUCACACAGUGAGAAGCUAGGGGGAGUUGAAAACAUAGUCACAUAAACUGUACUAGAUCAUUUCAAGAUGGAUAUCCGCGGGGCUGUGGACGCUGCAGUCCCCACCAACAUCAUCGCCGCAAAGGCAGCUGAGGUGCGGGCCAACCUGGUCAACUGGCAGUCCUACCUGCAGAGUCAGAUGAUCUCUGCAGAAGACUGUGAAUUCAUCAAAAAGUUUGAGGUGGCCAGCUCUGAGGAGAAGCAGGUCAUUCUCUCCAAAGAAGGACACCAGUGUGCAAAGACCUUUCUGAACCUGAUGGCUCACAUCUCCAAGGAGCAGACGGUGCAGUACAUCCUGACUCUGAUUGAUGACACUCUGCAGGAGAACCAUCAGCGGGUGAGCAUUUUCUUUGACUUCGCCAAAAAGACGAAGAACACCGCCUGGUCCUACUUCCUCCCCAUGCUGAAUCGUCAGGACCUUUUCACCGUCCACAUGGCAGCGAGGAUCAUCGCUAAGCUGGCUGCCUGGGGCCGUGAUCUGAUGGAGGGAAGUGAUUUGAACUACUACUUCAACUGGAUCAAAAGUCAACUCAGUUCACAGAACCUUCAUGGUACAGGUCCAGAAUCAAGCUCAGGAGCAGGAACAAUUUCCCCCAGUGAAAGCUCUCAGUAUGUCCAGUGUGUUGCCGGUUGCCUUCAGCUGAUGCUGAGGGUCAAUGAGUAUAGGUUUGCCUGGGUGGAGGCUGAUGGAGUCAACUGCAUCACAGCCGUGCUCAGCAACAAGUGCGGCUUCCAGCUCCAGUACCAGAUGAUCUUCUGCGUCUGGCUCCUGGCCUUCAGUCCUCAGCUCUGUGAGCAGUUGAGACGCUACAACGUGGUGCCCGCUCUGUCCGACAUCCUGCAGGAGUCUGUCAAGGAGAAGGUCACUCGAAUCAUUCUGGCUGCCUUCAGGAACCUCCUGGAGAAAUCAGCGGAGAAGGAGACUCGUCAGGAGUAUGCUCUGGCGAUGAUUCAGUGCAAGGUGCUGAAGCAGCUCGAGAACCUGGAGCAGCAGAAGUACGAUGACGAGGACAUCACGGAGGACAUUAAGUUCCUGCUGGAGAGGCUGGGAGAGAGUGUGCAAGAUCUCAGCUCAUUCGACGAGUACAGCUCUGAACUCAAGUCUGGCCGUCUGGAAUGGAGUCCGGUGCACAAGUCUGAGAAGUUCUGGCGUGAGAACGCUGUCCGCCUGAAUGAGAAGAACUAUGAGCUCCUCAAGAUAUUGACGAGGCUGUUGGAGGUAUCUGAUGAUCCUCAAGUCAUCGCAGUGGCAGCUCAUGACAUUGGAGAGUAUGUGCGACAUUAUCCACGCGGAAAACGGGUGAUUGAGCAGCUGGGUGGAAAACAGCUUGUGAUGAAUCAUAUGCACCACGAGGAUCAGCUUGUCCGCUAUAAUGCCCUGCUGGCUGUGCAGAAGCUCAUGGUCCACAACUGGGAGUACCUGGGGAGACAGCUCCAGUCCACUGAUCAGCAGCAGGCUCCAGCCGUGGCAGCUCGCAGCUGAACUGUUACCGUGCAUGGAUGUUUGUGUAUCACUGUGUGGAUGAGUGUGUAUUGUCUGUAUAUUGUACUUCACCAUUUUAAUAAUCAGGGCUUCAUUCUGUGUAAUGAAUUGAAACUCAGCGCGGUGUAGUUUCCUCCCCCCACCUUCCAGCCGGAUUAUCCUUGAUAUGUGUUGAUUUGAUCGUUGUGCUCCGUGUUGUGCCCUCAGCUCAGUGAUGUGUGGUGAUUGAAGAUUGAAGUCCGUGAAAAUGUACAAAACUGCAAGUUAUUUAAGUCUUAAGUGUAAAACAUUGUAUGUAUCCCAAUAAAGAUGCUUCUCUAAUGUG